CGGUCAGACAGCUAUCGCGUGGCUACCACGCAGGACAAGGAUGAAAAGGAGUCACCCAAGAAGAAAGGAGGCAAGGACAUGGACGACCUCAAGAAGGAAGUUCCCAUCACGGAGCACAAAAUGUCUGUGGAGGAAGUUUGCAGGAAAUACACCACUGACAUUGUUCAGGGUCUGACUAACGCCAAGGCCGCGGAAUAUCUGGCCAGAGACGGCCUGAACGCCCUGACCCCGCCGCCCACAACUCCGGAGUGGGUCAAGUUCUGUCGCCAGCUCUUUGGCGGCUUUUCCAUCCUGCUGUGGAUCGGCGCCAUCCUCUGCUUCCUGGCCUACGCUAUCCAGGCCGCCACGGAGGACGAGCCUGCCGGGGAUAACUUGUAUCUUGGUAUCGUGCUGUCGGCCGUCGUCAUCAUCACCGGUUGCUUCUCCUACUUCCAAGAAGCCAAGAGCUCCAAGAUCAUGGAGUCCUUCAAGAACAUGGUCCCCCAGCAAGCCCUUGUGAUCCGCGAAGGGGAGAAGAUGCAGAUCAAUGCUGAGCAGGUGGUUGCUGGCGACCUGGUGGAGGUGAAGGGGGGAGACAGGAUCCCCGCAGACCUCCGCAUCAUCUCGUCUCACGGCUGCAAGGUAGACAACUCAUCCCUGACUGGGGAAUCAGAGCCGCAGACCAGGUCACCUGACUGCACUCAUGACAAUCCUCUGGAGACGCGCAACAUCGCCUUCUUUUCCACCAACUGCGUGGAGGGCACGGCUCGCGGCAUCGUUGUGUGCACGGGCGAUCGCACUGUAAUGGGCCGCAUCGCAACCCUCACCUCUGGCCUGGAGACUGGAAAGACGCCCAUCGCCAAGGAGAUCGAGCACUUCAUCCACAUCAUCACCGGCGUAGCCGUUUUCCUCGGCGUCACCUUCUUCAUUUUGUCACUGGUCUUGGGGUACUCCUGGCUGGAGGCUGUCAUCUUCCUCAUCGGCAUUAUCGUUGCCAAUGUUCCCGAGGGCCUGUUGGCUACAGUUACUGUGUGCCUCACACUGACCGCAAAGCGAAUGGCUCGCAAAAACUGCCUGGUGAAGAAUCUAGAGGCGGUGGAGACACUGGGAUCCACCUCCACGAUUUGCUCAGACAAGACAGGCACCCUGACUCAGAACAGGAUGACCGUAGCCCACAUGUGGUUUGACAACCAGAUCCAUGAGGCAGACACUACUGAGGACCAGUCAGGCUCCUCCUUUGAUAAAAGCUCCACUACGUGGGUGUCCCUGGCCCGCAUCGCUGCCCUGUGCAACCGCGCCGUUUUCAAGGCCGGUCAGGAGUCUUUGCCCAUCCUGAAGCGCGACGUGGCCGGCGACGCCUCCGAAUCUGCGCUGCUCAAGUGUAUUGAGCUCUCUUGCGGUGCCGUCAAGACCAUGAGGGACAAGAACAAGAAAGUGGCCGAGAUCCCCUUCAACUCAACCAACAAGUACCAGCUCUCCAUUCACGAGAGUGAUGACGAGUCGGACAACCGCUACCUUCUGGUGAUGAAGGGAGCACCUGAGAGGAUCCUGGACCGCUGCUCCACCAUCAUGUUGCAGGGCCGCGAGCAACCCAUGGAUGAUGAGAUGAAGGAGGCUUUCCAGAACGCUUACCUGGAGCUGGGAGGCCUGGGGGAAAGAGUGCUGGGUUUCUGUCACCUCUUCCUGCCAGAAGAGUCCUACCCGAAAGGCUUUGCCUUUGACACAGACGAUGUCAACUUCCAGACGGACAACCUCUGCUUCGUGGGCCUCAUGUCCAUGAUCGACCCGCCCCGCGCCGCCGUUCCCGAUGCCGUUGGCAAGUGUCGCUCUGCUGGCAUUAAGGUCAUCAUGGUGACUGGCGAUCAUCCAAUCACAGCCAAGGCCAUCGCCAAGGGCGUAGGCAUCAUCUCCGAGGGCAAUGAGACCGUGGAAGACAUUGCUGCACGUCUCAACAUUCCCGUGAGUCAGGUGAACCCCAGGGAUGCAAAAGCCUGCGUGAUCCACGGAACAGACCUGAAGGAGCUCAACCAAGACCAGAUGGAUGACAUUUUGAGGAAUCACACAGAGAUCGUUUUUGCUAGGACUUCGCCUCAGCAAAAGCUCAUCAUUGUAGAGGGAUGCCAGAGACAGGGGGCCAUCGUGGCUGUGACGGGCGACGGCGUCAACGACUCCCCCGCCCUUAAGAAAGCCGACAUCGGUGUCGCCAUGGGAAUUUCUGGCUCGGACGUGUCCAAACAAGCCGCUGACAUGAUCCUGCUGGAUGACAACUUUGCCUCCAUCGUCACAGGCGUCGAGGAAGGCCGCCUGAUCUUUGACAACCUGAAGAAGUCCAUCGCGUACACGCUGACCAGCAACAUCCCCGAGAUCACCCCCUUUCUCUUCUUCAUCCUGGUCAACAUCCCACUUCCUCUGGGGACCAUCACCAUCCUUUGCAUUGACUUGGGCACGGACAUGGUGCCAGCCAUCUCUCUGGCAUACGAGGCGGCGGAAAGCGACAUCAUGAAGCGUCAGCCAAGGAACCCGAUGAGGGACAAACUGGUCAACGAAAGACUCAUCAGCAUCGCCUACGGACAGAUCGGUAUGAUCCAAGCUCUGGGCGGGUUCUUUGCCUACUUUGUUAUCAUGGCGGAAAAUGGCUUCCGGCCCUCCGUUCUGAUGGGAAUCCGCCUGAAUUGGGACGACCGCUCCAACAAUGACCUAGAGGACAGCUACGGACAACAAUGGACAUAUGAACAGCGCAAAAUCGUGGAGUUCACAUGCCACACAGCCUUUUUUGUCAGCAUCGUGGUAGUGCAGUGGGCUGACGUCAUCAUCUGCAAGACCAGACGCAACUCGGUCUUCCAGCAGGGCAUGAGGAACAAGAUUUUGAUCUUCGGCCUGUUUGAAGAAACUGCCCUCGCCGCCUUCUUGUCUUACUGUCCGGGCAUGGAUGUGGCGCUACGGAUGUAUCCGCUCAAGGCUAGUUGGUGGUUCUGCGCAUUCCCAUACAGUUUCCUCAUCUUUGUUUACGAUGAGAUCCGAAAGCUCAUCCUGCGCCGAAACCCUGGAGGUUGGGUGGAAAAGGAGACGUAUUAUUAA